UGGAACCAGAAUGGCUCAGUGGAGACCGGACGAGUUGAUGACGGAUACUGCUCUGAUAAAACAACUGGCAGAUGUUGCAAAAGAUGAAGCGCUCCGGCAGGGAAUCGUAAUGAGGACCAAGGAGAACCCAAACUCAUCCGAGUUGGUGACCUAUGCUCCGUUCACGCUCUUCCCUUCACCUGUUCCUAAAGCUGCAUUUCUUCAGGCUCUUGCAGUGCAAACUCACUACAACACGUUGGUGGAUAGGGUCAGUCAAGACGCAGACUUCCUGCAAAAGGCUUUAUCCAGCACCAUCAAAGUGGAUGAUUUCACUGCAAGGUUGUUUAAGAUUCACCAACAAAUCCAGAAAGAAGGAGGGUCUCAGUCCAUUGUGUUGGGUCUCAAUCGGUCCGACUACAUGCUGGACCAGAAUGAGAAUAAGACGUCUUCUCUAAAGCAAAUAGAGAUAAACACAAUCGCUGCAAGUUUUGGAGGCCUCUCAUCACUGACACCAGGUGUACAUAGACUCAUACUGAGGAUGGCCGGCAGGCUGGAGGAGAGUCGACUCAUCCCGGACAACAACCCUGCAGCUGGUCUGGCCAGGGCCAUUGCAAAAGCCUGGGAGCUCUAUGGAUCAGAAAGAGCGGCUGUCUUGUUCUUGGUGGAGGAGGUCCAGACGAACAUUUUUGAUCAGCGCUUCAUUGAGAGCGAACUUUGGAAAAGAGACAUUCCAACACUAAGAAAACGGUUUGGUGAUGUUGCAAAAACAGGAUCCCUUGAUCAGGACAAGAGGCUAUUUGUCGAUGGCACUGAGGUCGCGGUGGUCUACUUCAGGAAUGGCUACAUGCCUCAGAACUACAUUUCUGAACAGUGCUGGGACGCUCGUCUUAUGAUGGAGCGCUCUCUGGCUGCGAAGUGUCCCGAUAUCCACACUCACCUGGUGGGAACCAAGAAGGUCCAGCAGGUUCUGGCCAAACCUGGAGUUCUGGAGAGAUUCUUCCCAGAUCAGACUCAGGUCGUGGAGCAGCUCAGGGCGACGUUCGCUGGCCUCUACACUCUGGACAUGGGACCAGAUGGUGAUCAAUCAGUAGCCAUGGCUUUGGCCGAUCCAGACCGGUUUGUUCUGAAACCUCAACGAGAAGGAGGAGGAAACAACCUGUACGGGUCAGAGCUCAUCCAGGUGCUGAACCGAGUGAAGGGAAGCUCGGAGCGAACAGCCUACGUCCUGAUGGAUAAAAUCGUUCCUCCGUCCGUACAGAACUACUUACUGCGGCGAGACGCUCCCCUGGAAAUCAGCAGCUGCGUCAGUGAACUGGGAGUGUUCGGAGUGUAUGUGAGGCGGGGGACGGAAACGUUGAUGAACGAGUGUGCGGGUCAUCUGCUGAGGACCAAGAGUUCAGAACAUUCAGACGGGGGUGUCGCAGCUGGUGUGGCCACGUUGGACAACCCUCUACUGGUUUAACAACUCAGAACCUGCAGGAACCAAACGGGUCACACCGUGACUGUUUCAGAAGGAGGUACUGGGAGUGUUGACAUCACAACCCUGGAAGUUAAAGCAUCGACACAUUUGUCAGAAAAGACGUCCCUUUUGCUUCUAAUCAUGUAAAAAGUAUUGGUGUUCGGGAUAUGCAGGUUUUAUGAGUAAUUUCAGA